AUGCCUAACUUUCCAAAGAAAAAUUACAAGGAGAAAUUAUCAUCUCCGUUGUUCGGCACAAUUCCGCAGCUCAACAUUGGCUCUAAUAGGAUCGAGGUUAACGAAACCAAUGUGCAAUUGUUCACGCCAAUGUUACAAAACUCUGUGCACGACCACAAUGUUUCAUUAAAUGCAUUUCCAACUUCCCAAAUUUCUACGUUGAAUGCUCCACAAUAUUUAUCACCCAUUGCCCACACUAAGAGGGCUAUCUCUCAACCAAUGGCCAAUAAAUUUGAUUUAUGUCGGGAAAUGAAUUUUAAAAUCCCACUUUAUAACGCUACACCACCACCACCUAAAUAUGAAUUGUGUGGAUUUGCUAAUCAUCAAUAUGGAGUAAACCUAUUGGAUAAUGAAGGGGUAUCACGCAACAAAGGGAGCAAUACAAUCGUUGAGCCAAAUAACUUCGUCAUGCACACUCAGAGAGCUCAGAGCAACCAGUUCAAUCCCGAUUUGAACGGCAUACCGAUUUCAAGACACGUUGUAAUGCUUCAGAAUAAUCUUAAGGAAGCAUCACGCCGUUUGAAUGAUCAAAGUCAGACUUUUAUGAAGCGUGAAAAGGAUCUACUUACUAUUAUUGAUAAGCUUCAACAGAAAGUCCAAGUGAAAGAUCUGGAGAUGCAAGCCAUCAAGAAUGAGCUACUCUCUACUAAUGUUCAGAUGGAGAAUAUGCGUCAUGGGCAGAACCUCUUGCAAACUUUUCACAACGAAGACAAACAUUUUUUCUAUGAUUCCCUCAUUAAAUUUUUCUUUUCCUUAGAGGAGGCCGCACGCAAAGAGUAUAUUGCGGAGGAGUUGAGUUUUCGCUUCCAAUUUUACUUUUGGAUAUCGAAGGCGUUCACGCAUAAGCAGAAUCACAUCUAUCCUCUCUCCAUCUUUCCUGACGACAACGAAGAGUGUGGUCAACUCGUCGAACAUGUAUCGAGGCAUUUUCGCGAUUUAAGUAAUUCAUGUUUAAGGUCCCCUAACGGUGAUGACAAGAUCCUCAACGCUUCUCGCCCGACAGAAUCCAAUCAAAUAUCGGUAAUGUAUUGUGAGUCCACACCGGUGGCAAGUCUGGCAAAUGCAAAUAAUCAACUCAUUCAGAAUUUAACCGAGGAGAAAAGCUUAAGAACAAACCUGCAGGAUGCACUUCAUUUCUUCGUUUUGACGGAACAUUUCCUGUGUGAGAAGACUGAGAGGGCUGUUAUCGAACACGAUGCCCUUACGGGGUAUUUAUCUCUUAUGAUGACUUUCUUUAACAUGAAGCUGGAACACAAUACGCCUUCACCGUAUCCAUACCCCAUGCGGACGCUACGCCCUUUUACUCAUGAUAUUUACCAAAACAAUACUGAAAUAUUGCGCGGGAUUAAGACGUGUAAUAAAAAGCCAAUCCAUGUGCCCGUUCCCAUCGGUGGUGCUGUGUUUUAG